AUGUCGUGGUCGCUCGCUGAUAUGCUUUAUAAUGACUUUGGAAGUGAAAAAGAGGCUUCUGAUGGCGAUGAAGGUUCAACUAUACUGGAUGGGAUCUCUUUGAGUUUAGGAUCUGUCCAAGACUUGGAAGAGCGUUCCCAUUAUUGCGACACCUGCCGCUUGUUCUCAGGGCGAGCUAGAGAGGUAAUGAAACAAACAGAAUCGUCACCUGGUACACAUUGUAUCCUGGAAUUGUUGCGAUGUAUACCUGGAGAGACAUUGGGAGGCAUCGAAUGCAGGUUUAUGUUUAGUUUGUCUCUGGAGAGCUCCCAAAAGAGUCUGUGUAUGGAAUCAAGAUUUUUCGGGACAAUCGAACCCAACGAUGGCCAUUGCCUCACUUCUACACGUAUCCCCCAGCAGACGGUUGACUGGCAGAAGGUUUCCGAGUGGGUGAGAGAUUGCCACUGCUCUGCCGAGCACAAGGAUUCUUGCCAGACAAAACCUAAUACCUCGCAAAUAAACGGGCUUCUCGUUAUCGACACCAGAAAACGAUGCAUUACGAAUGCUCCUACGACAUGUCAAUAUGCGGCUCUGAGCUAUGUGUGGGGGGCCACGAGCACUCCCUUGCAGGCAACGACGAAGAAUAUAGAACGCCUGGCCAAGGAAGGCUCUUUGAAUAGCGAUGUCCUACCGAAAACCAUUGAUGAUGCCAUUCUUGCUUGUAUAAGCAUGGGCAUAGAUUAUCUUUGGGUUGAUCGUCUUUGCAUAUUACAGGAUGACGAUCCUGACAAGAAAGCCUACUGGCUGAAUUCUAUGGGAGAAAUCUACGCACAUUCAUAUGUAACAAUUAUCGCUCUAGCUGGAGACAAUGCUGAGAACGGCCUCCCUGGAGUCAGCAAGAUCAAGCGACUGGCAACCUGGGUAGGAACAACACAGGGAAUAAACCUAAUUGGCUCCUCGCCCGACUAUAAUGAAUGUAUAGUGAAUUCAAAAUGGGUCACCAGGGGCUGGACAUUCCAAGAGGCAACACUUGCCAUACGACGGCUCUUCUUCUCUGACACAAAGGUUAUGUAUGAUUGUUCCUACCCCAGAGCUAUGCAGGAUGAGAUCUAUGGUGCCAUUGGAAAGCCCUAUAUAUAUUCAAAGAAUGUAUUAGUGUCUUAUAGUGAGAUGGUGAAAGAUUUCACUCAGAGGCAUUUAACUUGGGAGUCUGAUAUACUUCGAGCAUUUGCAGGGGUCCUAUACAUGGGAUGGGGACCAGAGACUUAUUAUGGUUUACCCUUGAAUAUCUUCAAAGACGCAAUUCUCUGGAUAGCCCGGGAUAACUUGUAUCCCAUGAGGUGUUCAUGUCCUGAUGAUGCAUUUCCCACUUGGUCGUGGACUUCUGUUAAGAGCCCUAUAAGCAUGCAAUCGGCAUUCAAUUACUAUAUGGCAUGGUACAAAGCGCGAGCAUCCCUAGCAAUAUGGGCAAUCCCCUCUAAUUCCGGCCAACGAUUAGCCUUGCAGGUCGUCGCCAAUACUAUGGGGGAAACAAGGGGGUUUGACGAAAGAGAUGAGCUAGAGUCACUCAACAGAAUCCACGGGGAGGAUACUGCACGUCUUGAAGACAUAGCAGAUGAGAUUGAAUGGGAGAAACAGAAGCGCCUGGAGGAUAUAUCCACAGGUGAAGAGUUGCGCUGUGUACGGCGUUCAAUAGACUUUUUGCGGGCACGACUUGCCUUUCUGGUGGCUUGGAAGUGCGGAUGUUUUUCGGGAUCUCUGCCGAAUACAUUCAACACUAGCGCCACAUGGAAGGGAUACGGACGUGUUGUUAGCAACUGGAGAUCCCUUGCGCAGCUCUGUGAUGAAGCUCAUGGGAUGCCCUGGGGUAACAUGACCGAACAGGAUAUGGAGGCUCGAUUUCCUUCAAACAUGCGUCAAACUUGUCCUCCAGGGUCGAUCUUUGUCUAUACUCAAUCGCUCUACUUCCACCCACUCAAGCUGAACCUGAAGCAUCAUAUUUAUGGGGGUCCUCGCAAAAAAGACGCAUUUUUUAUUGAAGUUGGCGAUUUUGUGGCUCAAAUCGUCCCUAAAUCCAUCAAAAUGGAGCGUUUCAACCAUGCUCGCCAACAGAACCCUGAUGCUCUAUUUGGUUUGCUCGCACUCUCUGUCACGCCUCAUAAGAACCGGAAUAGUGUCAAUUUGAGACCACAGGACGAAGCCUUCUGGAAUGAUUCUGCAGGAAAUUCAUUGAGAGAUAUUAUGCCCUAUCCUCUCCAGAUUGAACUUAUGCUAGUUGAGACGGAAAAUGGCAUUAGUCGGCGCGUUGGGCUAGCAUGGGCCUAUCUAAAGCAUUGGGUCAAUCAAAACCCUCAGUUCCGAACAUUCCACCUUGUAUAA